UCACACUCCCGCUUUCAGAGAGUUUCACAGACAUUACUCGUGCACUCCUUCACACACCUUUGAUUCAAUUCAGUGCAGCGUCCGACGUUGAUCCUGAAGCAUGGGGCAAGAAACACCUGACUCGGAUGAUGACUUCUUCUAUGACUACGAGGUGAUCAGAAGAGGAGGGCUGAUCUUCGCUGCUGUUCUGUUCUGUCUGGGCAUGGCAAUCAUAUUUAGCAAAAAGCUCACCUGUGGGAAAAGACAAAACACAAAGCCUGUGAAUCUGGACGAACUUUAACUCCGGACUCAUUGAAAGCCAGCAUCCCAUCAUCCAUUGCCCAAUCCUGUCACUAAUAAGGACCAAUCCUGCAUCAAUGGAAAAUGGAAAAUUUUUCUAAUUAAAAAAAAAAAAAGGCCUUCUUUUGUAUUAAUUGAAGUCAGAAAAUGCUUUGCUAGCUGGUGUGUCCAAUAAAGAAUGCGCAAUAUUACCAUA